GAAUCUUCUGUAGAUACUCUCCGUAUUAAAACUACUAUCGUCGAAUUUCUUGACAAAUAUGCUCCUGAAUUAGUGGAAAGGGAACGAAUGCCUCUUUAUAUUGAGGAUCUUUAUAGAUUAGGGGAUCCUACAAGGGAACUUGACCCAAUUGAAAGACAAAACUGGAAACAAGAAAUGGAUUAUUUUUGCAUUCGAAUCCAGCUUUGUCGAUUAGAUCUGGGACUUGAAAAAGAGAAUGAGCAUUUAAUAAAUCAAGAUACAAUGCUCGCAGGAGCUCACAUUUAA